GCACAAAAAUCGUUUUUCAAUAAACAUCUUAGUAUCAAAUUUAACCACUUUCCACCUUAAUAUUGAGUUACAUAAACAAGUUAAACAGUUUACUUACAGACUUAUCUAUUCCAAGGCUUGUAAGAGCUAACACAACUUGUCUACUUCUCAAUUGUCUCAUGAACUGAACUGACGUCGCCAACCCAGAAGUGCCCAAACUAAUGACGCGUAGUAUUUUCAUACCGCCACAAGGUGUCAGUAAGAGUCUACAAUCAAAUGGGCAUAACAUUGCCCAUUUGGGAUUCGUUCCCAGGGAUUCGAAUAAAGAACCAACUCUUUUCCUUUACUAUAGUGGCCUCGAUAACGGGAACCGGUUCUCAAAAAGGGAUUUGAGUCCAUGGAAUCGGUUCUUUUCUUAUUGAACAACCAGGAAAAUCGGUUUCGAACAUCAUCCCUACUCUACGUGCUUAUAUACAUGUAGGGCUGAGCGAUAUGGCCUUUUAAUAAUAUCUCAAUAUUUUCAGGCCAUGUCACGAUACACGAUAUAUACUGUAUCUCCAUAUUUUGCCUUAGCCUUGAAUGAACACUUGAUGCAUAUAAUCACAGCAGUAUGAUGAUUCUAUGUCUCUACAUUAAAACAUUUUUCUUCAUACUGCAUUAAUAUAUGCUCAUUUUAAACUUUCAUGCAGAGAAGGAAACAACAAUUCCCGUCCCACAGGAAAUGCCCUGUGGGACGGGAUUCGUUCCCAGGGAUUCGAAUAAAGAACCAACUCUUUUCCUUUACUAUAGUGGUCUCGAUAACAUGAACCGGUUCUCAAAAAGGGAUUCGAGUCCAUGGAAUCGGUUCUUUUCUUAUCGAACAACCGGGAGAACCGGUUUCGAACAUCAUCCCUAUUUACUACACAUUCAGAAUAAAAGUGCAAGCUUAUGUUUGUACGUUUUUUUUUUCUUUUUCUUGCCUAGGCAGCCAUCGACUCUUAACACAAUUUUGUGUGGCGGCCCACUGUGUGGGAGUCCCUGCUCUAGUGUACACUGUAUAUAGAAACAUGAGGUGUGUGGGCGUGGCCUAAACAUGGUGCAUCAUGGUGGUGUCUGUUGGUGCUUGCAUGCAGGAGCCAACAGAGGGAGAGCAGUUUCUCUCUAAAUUUAACUCUAAACUCUCUCUUUCUCUCUCUCUCUCUCGCUCUGGUCUGUGUGUUUGUGUCUUCUGACUUCCGUGGGAGCGCCAAAGCGGAGGCUGAGCUUCAGAACACAAGAAGAGGCGCCAUGGAGGGUCUGUGUUUGGACGCCGCCACCGCCGAGGAGGUGGGGUACCAGCUGACGCUAACGGGCUCCGUCCCGGUCCACCGCAUGACCACCAUGCCGAUGCUGCCCUGGGUGGUGGCCCAGGUCGGCCGCGCCCGGCGGACGCCGGGGCGGGCCGUGUCGCUGUCCGUGUCGCCGUCGCGGGUGCGCUGCGUUCUGCGGCGUGCCGAGGGGGCGCUGUGGGACCCGCUGACGCACGCCGUUCUGUUCGAGUGCCGGCCGCAUCAGGUGACCAAGCUCCUCCACAACAGCCGGGAGCCCGGCAGCUUCGGGUGCCUGCUCAGGGACGCCCCGGCCUGCGCCUGCUACGUCUUCACGUGCGAGGAUAGCACCAGGGUCCAUGAGAUCAUCAGUACACUGAGGCAGGCUGGCAAAAGCUCCUCUCGCAACGAUGACACGCCCGCCUUUCCCGACAAAACUUCGGCAGACCCCGGCGGCGCCAAGCCGUCGGAAUCUUACCUGGGCUUCCCUCCCCUCCCCGCAGCAGGCUCUGUGGCGAAAAACCCCACCGUGUCCCCGGCGGCCUUUGCCAAAAGGUUUGAGGUGCUCUUCUGCGGCCGCGUGAGCGUGGCUCACAAGAAGGCCCCGCCCGCACUAAUCGACGAAUGCAUCGAGAAGUUCAGCCAGCUGCCUCAGGGCUCCGGGGCCGCGAGAAGAGGGGUCAACGUCAGCGGGGGCUUAGUCGGCGGGCUGAAGAGAGCGCUCGCCUUCCAGUCUAACGGACUGGGUAGCAACGCUGCUGCCGGCAGCCCCACCGGCGGCAAACGGCCGCUGCUGUUCAAACGAGAUCCCAGCUUCCCCUCCCUGCAGGCGCUGGACGAGAAUGGACUCUCGCCAGAGCUCUCUCACGUAAACACUACUGACGCCAGCGCUCGCUCCCCUGGGGUGCAGCCCACCAGCCUGCAGGAGAACAGGACCAUGCUGUUUACGGUGGGGAGGUCACAGAUCUUUCUGGUUAGUCCGGACACGAAAAAGGUUGCAAUUGAGAAGAGUUUCCGUGAAAUAUCCUUCUGCUCACAAGGUAUUUGCCACGUGGACCACUUUGGCUUCAUUUGCAGGGAGACGGUGGAAGGAGGAAGCUGCCACUUCGUCUGCUACGUCUUUCAGUGUGCGGAUGAAUCACUGGUGGACGAGAUAAUGCUGACCUUGAAGCAGGCGUUCUCUGUGGCAGCCGUGCAGCAGAAUGCAAAGACCCAGAGCCAACAGUGUGACAGCUGCCCCAUGGUGCAGCUCCACAGGCUCUGUGAGAGAAUCGAAGGUCUAAAUGCAUCGAAAACCAAGCUGGAGCUUCAGAGACACCUGGCAGAGCUGGACAACAAGGACCAAGCUGCAAUUUUUGAAAACACUAUGAAGUCGCAUCCUAAGAGUGAGCAGGAGGAAAAUGAGCUUAUCAUGUCAGCAUUGAGGAACUUGUAUGAAGAGAGACAGAUGAUCCAUCACCACACACUGCCUAAGGACACUAAAAAGAACGAGGAGGCACCCGCUGCACCUGUUGAGGCGCAGCAACAAACGAGCAGUCGCCAGCGGCUGGAACAGUUCAAGAGUAGAGCCAAGCGCUCUUUAACCGAGUCUUUGGAGGGCAUCUGGAAGGGGAGCAGCAAGGCCAUGGCUCCGAGGGGCAACAGUGACAGAAGCAAUAGUGUCUCCUCGGUCUCCUCUGUCAUUGGCCAGGACCAGUCCAGCUUAGUUGACCCCUUCCCUCCCCCUGCCCAGCUGGGACCCACCAGCCCGUUGAGGGGCCACAACUCGACAGGAGACCUGAAGCGCCUUGACCCCUAUCCCUCCCCGUCUCCCUCCCCCACGUCAGCGGGUGACAGUCAGUCGCAGGGCUUUCGCAAACGAGCCAGCACCUUCAGCCACCCCCCAACCCCCACCUCGGCCGAUCAUUCACCAGCGCAAACUUUAACCGACACGCCACAGCAGGACCCCGCCUCCGCUUCAAAGCCCAAGCUGUUACGACACUACUCCGUCGGCGCCGACAGGCCACACCAGAGCAAACACGUACCGUCCGACACCGCCCUUCCUCCUCUUCUUAAUUGCUCCUCAUCCUCCUCUCCUCUGCUCCCUCCUUCCUCCCCUUCAUCCGGAGCCAGGCUCAGUAGGAGACGUCCUCUGGGUGGACUUCGUGCUCGACUACACUCCUCCUCCUCUGUUCCUAAUUUCCUAAAAUUUCAAUUCCUGGCCCCUGUCGAAGAAAACGACUGUCCAGAAACAAAGAGCAGUGAUCUAGCAGCCUUCUACAUAUCAAGUGCAGAAUGUGAAGUUGGGGAAAGCCCUCUGCGCCACCGCCACUCCUGGAGACAGCAGAUUUUCCUGCGAGUCGCUACACCUCAGAAAAACACAGAUAUUAACGAGCGCGGAGACUGUCUGGACGGGGUUCAUGUGUGCGGGGGCCAAGCGGUAGGUGCGGGGAGUGCGGAGUCGUCCAUGAGAGCAGUGCCUGAAGAGAGGACAAGAAAGAGCAAAGAGGAACUCAGGGAGCUAUGGAGGAAAGCCAUCCUACAGCAGAUUCUCCUGCAGAGGAUGGAGAGAGAGAACCAGAAGCUGCAGGCCUCAGAGAGCGACCUGCAGAACAAGCGCCUCAAGCUGGACUACGAGGAAAUCACGCCAUGCCUGAAGGAGGUCACUCUGGUCUGGGAGAAGAUGCUGGGAACUCCUGGAAGGGCAAAGGUCAAAUUUGACACCGAAACCAUACACGCGUCGGUUACACAAGGUGUCCCGAGGCAGCAUCGAGGCGAGAUCUGGAAGUUCCUCUCCGAGCAGUUCCUGCUCAAGCAGACUGUCCCGUCGCGGCCACCGACCACUGACAUGCCGUACAAGGAGCUGCUCAAACAACUCACCUCACAGCAGCACGCCAUCCUUAUUGACCUAGGUCGCACUUUUCCCACUCAUCCCUAUUUCCAAGCCCAGCUGGGGGCCGGACAGCUUUCUCUGUAUAAUAUUCUCAAGGCCUACUCGUUGCUGGACCCAGAGGUGGGGUACUGCCAGGGCUUGUCCUUCAUCGCAGGAGUGUUGCUGUUACACAUGGGGGAGGAAGACGCCUUCAACAUGCUCAAGUUUCUCAUGUAUGACGUGGGACUCCGCAGACAGUAUAGGCCUGACAUGAUUAUACUGCAGAUUCAGAUGUACCAGCUGUCACGUCUGCUCCACGACUACCACCGGGAUCUCUACAGCCACCUGGAGCAGCAGGAAAUCGGGCCCAGCCUGUACGCCACGCCGUGGUUCCUGACUGCCUUCGCCUCGCACUUCCCUCUGGGCUUUGUGGCGAGAGUCUUCGAUAUGUUGUUCCUGCAGGGGGCGGAGGUCAUAUUUAAAGUGGCCCUGAGUCUCCUGGGGAGCCACAAGCCUCUGAUCCUGCAGCAUGACAGCCUGGAGUCCAUUGUGGACUUCAUCAAGACCACGCUUCCCAACCUGGGCUUGGUGCAGAUGGAGAAAACUAUCAUCCAGGUUUGUGAGAUGGAUGUGUCCAAGCAGCUCCAGGCGUACGAGGUUGAGUACCACGUCUUGCAGGAUGAGCUCCUGGACACGCCUCCGACCCUCAAUCAACACCAGCGCGCUGCACAGCUGGAGAGGACCAAUCAGAGCCUGCGACAGCAGAACCUGGACUUGCUUGAGGAGCUGCAGGUGUCGUACGCCCGAGUGUGCAGCCUGGAGAGUCGCGUGGCGGCGCUGGUGCAGUCGGACGCCGAGCUGCGGGAGCAGGUGAGCGCUCUGAAGCAGGAGAAGCUGCAGCUGGUAAGCACGGCCACGCGUCUCCAGGACCUGCUCACCACCCUCGGCAUACACAGCACUCCCGACGGCGUGGAAAUACAGCCCCCCCUGACCACAGCGGGGGACAAGGUGGGUGCACCGGCAGGACAGGAGGACAGGACUUUGGAGUUCCUUCGCCGCCCCGUCAUAUUAGUGGAGAGGAAGGUCAAUGGACAAGGGGAGACUUUGACAUGACUUAAGUUCUUUGUUCCAACACAAAAUGUACUUCCUUAAAAGAGGAGGCGAGCAGAAUCAUAUUUAUAAAAGAAAAAAAGUCAUGCACCUUGUGUGAUAAACUAGCAUGUGAUUGGACCAGCCUGUCCCAAAGAUGGCCCCUCACUGUAUUAGCACUUGGAUCUUGAGUCCCUGGCCCGAGAUUUGUUCCCAAAGAACGUCACGUGAGAAUGUGAACGAGUGAAGAAGUGAACUUCACGAGUAAAGUAUGUUGAUGUUGUGUCCAGAAUGACGCAAGCUGAAUGUUGGAGCCUGCUGGGAGGAAAGUGAUCCGCUCCACUUUUGACUCAACAAAAACAUUGUUUUUCUAAGUAUACUCAUGCCUUACUGUAAGUCAAAGUAGACGUCGUUUUUUUUUUUUUUGUUUUUUUACCUGGAAUUACCUCUGGUUUAUAAACCUUGACUGUAUUGGACACACUGUAUUCCUUCCAGUGGACCUACAGCUUCAAAUGAUGUUUGUGCACUGGUUGCAACAAAUCUAUUCAAUUUACACUGUAAAGCAGGGCUAUUCAACUAGCGGCCCAGGGGCCACACCCAGCCCCGGAAUGACAACAUACCGGUCCCCGAGUUCAGUUCAAAACUCGGGAGUCAAAUUCCUAAAAAAAAAAACACAAGUGCUCCUGUUAUAUAGAGGAACUUGGACCAUGGCAACACUUUGGUGGAUCAUUGCAUUGACACUUUAACCUUGCCAGCAAACACAGAACACUGAGGUCCAAACGUGUGAUUUACAGAACUGAGGCGUUCCUCAAGGCACCCCUUUAAGUCCUCUCCUUUUUGGCAGUUACACAUUUUUUUUUGCGUGAAGUGAUUGUUGUAAGUAAGGUGUUGCUGUAGCUUGUUUAUGUCAGAGGGAGUCAGUAGUCAUUUGUUCAACUUCUUUAGAUGAACUCGUGGUGUUCCUCAGGGUUCCAUUUUAGGUCCUCUCUUUUUCAUCAUUUGGGCUUUUCGACUGCUCCACGAGUUCAGUUGAAGAAAAACUUUUGAGGGACUCACAUUUUUAAACGCUAGAGCAGGGGUGUACAAACUACGGUCCGUGUGCGGCCCGCCAGCGUCUUCAAUUUGAGUUAAAUACGGAAUCUGGCCGAUUUCCAUUCAUUUUUAAAAGUCCGUUUAUAUGCUGCGUCGCCAUCUUGUGGACAACAUAAGUAAUUCAGGUCCAUCACCACUUACUAUGUAUGUAACCAAGCGCAGCAUUUACCUGUAUAACUAAAUACAAACAACCUUCCCCAGUCAUGGUGCAAAAAAGAAAAUUGUACCAGCAUAAAAUGGUAUUAUAAAAUAACGUUAAAAAAAAUAAAAAUUAAAAAAAUAAAUAACGUCCGUGCACCAUUACAUUUCAGAAUUACACCCAUUUAGAUCUAUUACUAAGCAUGAUGGGAAAAAUGCAAAACACCAUCUCCACACUUAUUCAUGUUUGGCACAUUUUAGCUGCUUUAUAUUUCUGAUUGAUUACAAAACUUUAAGGAGGUCGUCACGGAAGUAAACAAGUCCAACUUUCACAUACCCUUAAUAUCCAAUUAUAUUAAUUAUUAAUCGUACUGUAUAUCUAUUAUGUUAAUAUAAUAUGUACACCUAUAUAUAUAUAUGUGUGUGUGUGUGUGUAUAUAUAUGUGUGUAUAUAUAUAUGUGUAUAUAUAUAUGUAUAUAUAUAUGUAUAUAUAUAUAUAUAUAUGUAUAUUUAUAUAUAUAUAUUAGGGCUGCAACUAACGAUUAAUUUGAUAAUCGAUUAAUCUUUCGAUUAUUACUUCGAUUAAUAAUCGGAUAAAAAAAGACAAACUACAUUUCUAUCCUUUCCAGUAUUUUAUUGAAAAAAAAACAGAAAACUGGCCCCAUACUUAUUUUGAUUAUUGUUUCUCAGCUGUUUGUACAUGUUGCAGUUUAUAAAUAAAGGUUUAUUAAAAAAAAUAAAAAAUUGCCUAUGCGCAUAGCAUAGAUCCAACGAAUCGAUGACUAAAUUAAUCGCUAACUGUUUGUAUAAUCGAUUUAAUCGAUUAGU